AUGGAGCGUUCCGGUUCAUUCUUCACAACCUACGAAGCCGUCAAAAGCAUUCUCUACAGUUCAUCUACACAGGAUUCCAACAAGGAUUUCCGCGAAAGAUCUCUGAACAAAAUUCACCUACCAUUCACGCAUUCCCUUCCAACACCAGUCAUGCAUGGAAUCGCAUCUUCAACCGGCGAAAUGGUCUCUUGUCUAGUGAUCACCCCAGCAGAGGUGCUGAAACAAAAUGCCCAAAUGAUCAAUGGCAAGCAAGGAUCGCCAAACGCCACACGAGUAGUACUAUCCCGAUUCCGACGUCAUCCCUGGCGUUUAUGGAGUGGAUACACGGCGCUCCUGGGUCGAAAUUUGCCAACAACCGCCCUCCAGUUUCCACUUUUUGAAUACAUCCGGUCAAAUAUGAUUAAAAUGUGGCGAAAGAGAAACGGCAAGGAUGAAAGUGCGCCUUCGCAAUCGGAUUUGCUUAUCGAGCGUGCUGGUUUGACGGGUAUUUCGGCUGCCAUGUCAGGAACGGUUGUAUCGACAGUCACCACUCCCAUAGAUGUUGUGAAGACCAGGAUCAUGCUGCUAGCUGGAGCAGGGGACUGGGAUGGUGGGAAAGAAAGUUCUGGCUCGAAACAGGCCGCAUACCCCAGAAAAGGACCUCUCGCUGUUGGUCGAGAUAUUUUGCGAAAUGAAGGAGUGAGGGGAUUGUUCAGGGGUGGACUUAUUCGAGCUGGGUGGACGGCUGUGGCCCUUGGCCUUUAUUUGAGUUUGUAUGAAAGUGGGAGGUUUUAUCUGGAGAAUCGGCGAAGAGAGAAGGAUGGGUUAGCUCAAAAGUCUGCAGGGGAAGGCGAUGAAGUUUAG